UUCAUUAAUACAUCAUAAAUCCUCAAGCACAGGGGUUAUAACGACCACGAAGCCCCACAAAUCAAGCCCUCCAAAAAAUACAGCCACCCCAAAUGAGUUCGUACUUUGUAAACUCGUUCUCAGGACGCUAUCCUAAUGCCCCAGACUAUCAGCUGCUAAAUUAUGGGACCGCCGGCAGUUCCAUGAACGGAUCUUAUAGGGAUCCCGGCAACAUGCACGCCGGCUCUUACGGCGGCGGAUACAACUACAAUGGGAUGGAUCUGAGCAUCAGCCGUUCAGCCUCGUCCUCCAAUCACUUUGGGGCGGUGGGGGAGACCGCCCGAGCCUUCUCUGCCCAAGCCGCGCCGGAAAGCCGGUUCAGACAAGCCUCCAGCUGCUCCUUGUCCGCGCCCGACUCCCUCCCUUGCACCGGCAACAACAACAGCAGCAGCAACAACAACAACGGCGGCGGAGGGAGCAGCACCAGCACCACCACCACCAGCAACAACAACAACGGGGAAAGCCAUGGAGGCAAAGCAGCCUCGUCUUCUCCAGCCGACCAAGCAGCAGCAGCAGCAGCCGCUGUAGCCACCGCAGCCUCUGCCUCGGUCGGCCCGGCGGGCACCGGCAGCUUCACGGAGCUAGACGAGACCAGCGCGUCCUCCGGAGCCGAAGAGAGCGGCUCCCAAGUCAACAGCAACGGCGCCCGAGCUCCACCGGAGCCCCAUGCCACCUCCACGCCGGCCCCAGAAGGGCAGAGCCCCCAGAUCUUCCCCUGGAUGAGAAAACUUCACAUUAGCCAUGAUAUGACUGGACCGGAUGGGAAAAGAGCCCGCACGGCGUACACUCGCUACCAGACCCUGGAACUGGAGAAGGAGUUUCACUUUAACCGCUACCUCACCCGCCGAAGGCGAAUAGAAAUCGCCCAUGCUUUGUGUCUCUCGGAAAGACAGAUCAAAAUCUGGUUCCAGAACCGGCGCAUGAAGUGGAAGAAAGAUAACAAACUCAAAAGCAUGAGCUUAGCGUCCGGUGGCAGCGCUUUCCAGCCGUAAAUUCAACCCCAGAAGGAAAUUAUGAAGGAAUAGAAGUGGGUCGGGAAGGGCAUGGGGAGAGAGGGAGGGUGGGAGUUGGUGGAGAAAGAAAGAAAGAAAGAAAGAGAAAAAGAAAGUUUAAAAGCAAGCUAACAAACAAACAAACCCGACCGCAGUGGUGUUUUAUUUUUUGGUUUUGGUUUUAAAGUUUGGAGUACUGUAAAGUGAAGCACUUUCCAUUCAGCAUGCUAUUGACUCUUUUUUUAAAAAUAAAAAUAUAUUAUUACUAUUAUUAUUAUUAUUAAGCAACUUGCGUGGUACUGUUAUUCCAGGACUGUGUCCUUUGCUGAGGUUUCCUUCCUUCCCGCCUUUAAAUUAAUUCGUGAAAAUAAUAAUAAUAAUAAUAAUAAUAAUAAUAAUAAAUGUUGUUUCCAGAGGCUUCUUUAAUGCUUUAGGUGUUCUAAAUGUUUGUGUCCGUGCUAAAUGAUACUUUCUGGAAGACGUUGGCAUGUUUUGUUUUUAAUUUUGGGGUUGUUUUUUUUUAAUGUGCGCUCUUUAAAUGUUAUAACUUAUUUAUAAACUGCCGAGGAGAAGGAAAAGAUGGGCUCUUUAAAAAGUUGGUGCCUCUGGGGAGGUGGGGAAACCUAUCACUUCUUCCUUCUUCUGCUCAAGUCCUGCAAGAUCCAUGGCAGGAAAAAAAGUUGAAGACAUCAACUACGACCAUUUUUUUGGCCUUUGAGGGGAAAAAAAUACAAUAUAUCUAUCUAUAUAUAAGCUCCUGUAACCUUUCUGUCUUUGAAAUUGUCAAGUCUGUGAUUUGGAUCAUAUUUGCCUGGCCUUGUUUUGACCCAAAAGCCAGUUCUGAAACUUUUUUUCUUUUCUGUUCUUUUUGUUUGGAGAGAAAAUAAUAAUAAUAAUAAUCAUAAUUAAAUGUGAGUGAAGUUCACUUUAAAAAGGGUAUACGAUUGGACCAACCAUAUAGUAUGUCGAAAAUGUUUGUAAAUACUAGAAAUAUUUCUGCAGUGACUCAAUAGGAAGUUUUAGUGGGCAGUUUGGAUUCAGUGUUCUGUGUGUCUCAAAUGGCAUUUGUCAUGUCUAGCUGCUUGUUCCCAUCUUCGCCAAGACGCUUUUCGUAUCCGUUUGUAGCCUUAACUUGAAGUCAAAUAAACGUUUCUCCUGGCCAGAAAAA